AUGACGAUUUCCCUUGAAGGUAUCGUCAAUCCCAUGGAAAACCCGAAGCUCUUCAGAGCUAAUUCGACCGGUUCGGUCUCAGCGCCGGCCACAUCUCACGCCGACCACGUCUCAUGCCCCAGCUGCGGCAAGAUCAUCACAGACAGUGCUACCAUCGCAAAGGUCAACGCAUACACCGGUGAAUCGAUCGUCUCCCCCCUCGUCGUCCCUCCCGGCCCCUUGGCGGCCGCUGCCUUUGAGAGUGGCAUGAGCGCCGUCGAGGAGCUCAAGCUUUUAAAGGCACAGGUCCAGGAUGUUGCGCGUGUCUGCAAUGCAGUCGCUCGCGGCGACUUGUCUCAGAAGAUUACGGUGCCUGUACAGGGUGUGGUCAUGGUUCAACUCAAGGAGGUCAUCAACGCAAUGGUGGACAAAUUGGGUCAAUUCGCAAAGGAGGUUACUCGUGUCAGUCAGGAAGUCGGCACAGAAGGCAAAUUGGGCGGUCAGGCACUCGUGUUAGAUGUCGAAGGCACAUGGCGCGAGUUGACGGGCGUCGUCAACAAGUUGGCGGCCAAUUUGACAAACCAGGUCCGGUCUAUCGCUAAGGUCACCAAAGCCGUCGCACUGGGCGACUUGUCGAAGCAGAUCGAGGUCGAUGCGCGCGGUGAAAUUCUCGAAUUGAAGAACACGGUCAACGGCAUGGUGGUUCGCUUGCGGACUUUAGCGGCUGAGGUCACUCGGGUAACAUUGGAAGUCGGUUCUAAGGGUAAAUUGGGGGGUCAAGUUCACGUGCCGGACGUCGAGGGAGUAUGGCUGGAGUUGACUCGGAACGUCAAUCGCAUGUGCUCGAGUUUGACAGAUCAAGUGCGGUCGAUAGCGAAGGUCACUACGGCCGUCGCCAAGGGUGAUUUGACGCAGAAGAUCGAGAUUGAGGUCGAGGGUGAGAUGCUGACGUUGAAGUGCACUGUGAACUCCAUGGUGGACCAGUUGAGCGCGUUCGCAUCUGAGGUCACUCGAGUCGCUUUGGAGGUCGGUACGCAGGGUAUCUUGGGCGGUCAGGCGAAGGUCGAAGGAGUCCAGGGCACCUGGGCCGACUUGACGCGCAACGUCAACAAAAUGGCUACCAAUUUGACGGAUCAGGUGCGGUCGAUCUCGGAAGUCACUAAGGCUGUCGCCAACGGUGACCUGAGCCGGACGGUCAACGUCGACGUCCAGGGUGAAAUGCUCGACUUGAAGACUACUGUGAACCAGAUGGUGGCCCGGCUAUCCGUAUUGGCGAGCGAAGUCACGCGAGUGUCGCUGGAAGUCGGCACUGAGGGUAUCAUGGGUGGCCAAGCGUACGUUCCGGACGUUCAGGGCAUGUGGAAGGUCUUGUCGGAUAACGUCAACCUGAUGGCAAUGAAUUUGACCAACCAGGUGCGGUCGAUUGCAGAGGUUACGAAAGCCGUCGCGGGCGGAGACUUGACGAAGCGCAUCACGGUCGACGUGCGCGGAGAGAUGCUUGACUUGAAGAAGACGGUGAACGGCAUGACGGAAAGUUUGAGCGUGUUCGCGGAUGAGGUCACUCGGGUCGCUAAAGAGGUCGGAACCGAGGGCAAGUUGGGCGGUCAAGCUCGUGUGACGAAUGUUGGAGGUACCUGGAAGGACUUGACGGACAAUGUCAACGUCAUGGCUGCGAACUUGACGUUACAAGUGCGGACUAUUGCUGUGGCUACGAGAGCUGUCGCCCGCGGUGACUUGACGCGAAAGGUCAUCGGUGUCUCGGUAUCUGGAGAAAUGCUCGACUUAGUGAACACCAUCAACUCCAUGAUUGACCAGUUGGCGAUCUUCGCUGCCGAGGUGAAAAAGGUCGCAAGAGAAGUCGGGACUGAGGGUAAGCUUGGUGGGCAGGCCGAGGUCGGCAACGUUGAGGGUAUCUGGCAGGACAUCACGAUGUCCGUGAACACCAUGGCAAGCAACUUGACGACGCAAGUGCGAGGUUUCGCGCAGAUCUCUGCGGCGGCUAUGGACGGCGACUUCAGUCGGUUCAUCACCGUGGAAGCCAGCGGAGAAAUGGACUCGUUGAAGACGCAGAUCAAUCAAAUGGUGUUCAACUUGCGCGACAGUAUCCAGAAGAACACCGCUGCGAGGGAGGCGGCCGAAUUGGCCAACAGGAGUAAAUCGGAGUUCUUGGCGAAUAUGUCCCAUGAGAUUAGGACACCGAUGAACGGAAUCAUCGGUAUGACGGAACUUACGUUAGACAGCGACCUGAACCGGUCGCAGCGUGAGAGCUUGCUCUUAGUGCACAGCUUGGCCAGGUCGUUAUUAUUGAUUAUUGAUGAUAUUUUGGAUAUCUCGAAGAUCGAGGCCGGUCGGAUGACGAUGGAGCAGGUGUCCUACUCGCUCCGCCAAACGGUGUUUGGGAUACUCAAGACCUUAGUCGUGCGCGCGUCGCAGAACCAGCUCGACCUCACGUACGAUGUCGAUCCGGAGAUUCCUGAUCAGCUCAUUGGUGACUCCCUCCGGUUGCGCCAAGUUAUCACGAACCUCGUCGGGAACGCAAUCAAGUUCACGCCGUCAAAGGUCUCCCGCAAGGGCCAUGUCGCGCUCAGCUGCAGGUUACUGGCUUUGGAUGACCAGAGCGUGACGCUGGAGUUCUGCGUGUCUGACACGGGUAUCGGUAUCGCGAAGGAUAAGUUGACGAUGAUCUUCGAUACGUUCUGUCAAGCGGAUGGGUCUACGACUCGAGAAUACGGGGGUACUGGUCUUGGGUUAUCCAUCUCGAAACGACUCGUAACGCUCAUGCAGGGCAACAUGUGGGUCGAGUCGGAGGUCAGCAACGGGUCCAAGUUCUUCUUCACCAUUACGUCACAAAUAAGCCCGAUGUCGAUGGAAGCGACGCUCAGCAAGAUGCAGCCGUUCCAAAAGCGGAAUAUUUUGUUCGUCGACACGCUUUACGACCGGACGGGUGUGGUGCAGCGGAUCCUGGAGCUCGGUUUACGCCCGUAUGUUGUGCACGAUGUGUCUGAGGUGGCAGACAAGGCGACCUGCCCGCAUAUCGAUACCAUUGUCGUGGAUUCGCUCAAUGUGACAGAAAACCUGCGCGAAUAUGAGCAUUUGCGUUAUAUACCAAUCGUGCUAUUGACACCGCAAUCUACUCCUCGCCUCAACUUAAAAUGGUGUCUGGAUAACAGCAUCUCGUCACAGGUCACAACACCUGUCACGGCGCAAGACCUGGCAUCGGCGCUCAUCUCGGCGUUAGAGUCGAACACGGUGACGCCUGUGGUAGCUGAGAACGACGUACCAUACGAUAUCCUCAUCGCGGAAGAUAACCUUGUCAACCAGAAGCUUGCCGUGAAGAUUCUUGAGAAGUAUGGCCACCAGGUGGAGAUUGCGGAGAACGGGUCGUUGGCGGUGGACGCCUUCAAGGCGAGGAUCCAGCGGAACAGGCCGUUCGAUGUUAUUCUCAUGGACGUGUCGAUGCCAUUCAUGGGUGGUAUGGAGGCCACCGAGCUUAUUCGUGCGUACGAGACGUCACACGGCCUUGAUCCCGUCCCGAUCAUCGCGUUAACUGCUCAUGCAAUGAUCGGUGACAGAGAGAGGUGCUUGCAGGCUGGAAUGGAUGACCAUAUUACCAAGCCUUUACGGCGCAGUGAUCUCAUCAACGCAAUCAACAAGCUUGCGGGUGAGCGCAAGGCGCAUAUGGCGCGCAGCCGUGUACAGCACCGGCAGCAGUUCCCUGUGGCAGCGCUCAUGCGGGACUUCCGGUGA